AUGUACCCACGAUCAGAAAAUCAAAUUAAUAAUAAAAAAAGUUGUUCGUAUUCUUAUUUUUUUAAAAACAAAAUGCAAACAAUGGGAGCACCAAUGUGCGAUCAUUGCAAUAUGGGAAGAGCCAUUGUUUAUUGUAAGACUCAUGUGGCUAGGGUUUGUCUCCAAUGUGACUGGACGUUACACUCCAUGACUGUGGAUAGUCCCGAUCACUCGCGGUUUCUGUUGUGCAACAAUUGCGUUUCGCAGACCGCUGUUUUUCGAUGCCUUGACCAAGGAUUGUCCCUAUGCCAAACAUGCGUUUCAAACGCCAAUGUCACCUCACGUUUUGUUCUUUGUAACGAUCUUAAUUACAUUUCGGGUUAUACUUGUCCACCAGAUUUUGAUCUUGAUUCCUCUUCCUCGUCUUCUUUAUCUUCUUUCAUAAAUCUCAAUUGGGGAUUUCCCUUUGUUUCAUUACCUCCCACUAAUGGGGACUUAUCAUCAUCUUCUUCAAUUUUUCAAAUUUUUGAUAAUCAUACAAAGAAUAGUGAUCAACAAGUGCAAAUGCUACAGCCCGAUUAUUUGGACAUUCUUAAGGAUAGUUCAUGUUCAGGCUUCAAUUGUUACGAUACUAAAGAUAUAGAGAAUGUUUUGCUGAAUGAUUUUGACGACGAGGCAGUAUUAAACCUCAAAGAAUAUUUCACCAGGGAAGAAUUGAUCCUAACCGAUCAACCAAUCGAUGAAAAACUGAAACACAAUGCAGAGACCACGACCGAGAUUCUAUCAUCUUCAUUGUCAUGUAUGUCGUCGGUUAUACAUAAGUGUUACAACUUUGAAGUUUUGGCCAAUGCAAGUUAUGAAGAUUACAAUAAGAAUCAAAUGAUUGGCUCAAAGGCAGAAGAAGAGACCAAUAAUAAUGUUGGAAUAUACCCUAAUAACGCUCUUGUUCAACUUGAUCGUGGACCAUCGCAGUUGAUUCUGACUGACGAGAUGUUACCAUGGGAGGAUCAAACACAUGCAUCUCACGUAUAUACUCCGCAAGCACGACUAGAGGCGGUGGAGAGAUAUUUCGCAAAGAAGAAGAAACGCAAGUUUGGGAAGCAAAUUAGAUAUGAAUCUCGAAAAUCUACAGCUGAUACGAAGAGACGAAUGAAAGGAAGAUUUACGAAAGCUGGUGCAGAAUAUGAUUAUGACCCACGAGCUAAUAAUAUUAACAAAGAGACUAAUAAAACCAUGACCUAA